AUUGCUCUUUUCCAGCUUAAUACCAAAGCAUCCCCAGCAACCAACCAGGCACCUGGCCCAGAGGAAAAGGGGAAAGCUGGCGGAGCCAAGAAGGCUGAGGAGGAGGAGGAGAUUGAUAUUGAUCUGACAGCACCGGAAACCGAGAAGGCUGCCCUUGCUAUUCAGGGCAAGUUCCGCAGAUUCCAGAAAAGGAAAAAGGAUCCUAGCUCCUGAAUAACCAGCCUUGCCCUCCACCCUCUCCCAUCUCCCCCCUCCUCCACAGUUCCAACUCCUAUGUAUCUUUGUCUCUUUGCCCCUCUAGCCUCUUGUUGAGGCAAGUUCCACCCUUAUAUAUUAUUUUCUCUGAUCGCCCCCUCAAGCCAUUGCAGCAGUGGAGGCACAAGGAACAUGGGGAAGAUGAAUUCAGUUGGCAGCCACUUGCCUAGGGUGGACCAGUUUCUCCUUAGGAUCAGCCUCCUUCGCCAGCACCCCUGCCUGGCCUAUGAGGUUGAGGAGCAAGAGGCUUUGAGUCUGCGAGAGGGGCCCCUGCCAGUGUGGGAGGGAGGGGGAAGCCUUUGGAGCAGGCCGCCGAGGAUGGGCGCCAGCACUGUUCUGCCAGCCGCAACAUUCACACUUCAGGUAACACAUUUUGGCCCUCACGUCCUUCCGCAGCACCGCAUCCACCUUCCCUCCUAGGAGCCAAGUGACCAUGGGGAUGGAGCCCCCCUCGCUCUGGGCGGACCCGAAUCCAGCACCUUCCACGUUAGUGCGUGCUGAGUGGAGGAGUUCCCAGGAGGGGUCCUCGUCAUCCAGUCUAGGACUGUGAGGGGAAGAGGCAGAACAGGUGCAGAGAGGCAAGGGCAGGGAGAGGCGGCUAGAGUAGAUGUGGAGAGGAGAGAAAGGUGAGGGAGCAGGGCUUUCUGGGGACCCAGCCUCUGCUGGCAGACAUGUACCAGAUGAGGGAUGUCCGGGAUUUUGCUAACCUGCCUACCUCUAACCUCCCAAAUCUGGCCAUCCCUAAAGGCCACCAAACCAAGUGACCCGUGGAUUCCCCACCUCCCCACUGUGGAGUCAGAGCAGAAGUGAAAUAGCCCCUAUGUGAUUUUAGCAUGUUUAAUAAUGAUUAAAAAAAAAACCUCAAGUCAAGUGGGGUCGUUCAA